AUGUCUCAACAAUCCAACUCUUCUCCUUCCAAGAACAUGCCUUGUUCCCCUAGCGCUGAACCAAGCAACCCUAACAGAGAAGAUCCUGUUGCUGACUCUGUGAGUACCCCACAUGCAAGAAGACCUAAAGAAACUGUAUCAGGCUUCUCCUCAUCCAUCGUUCUUGAGGAGCGAACCAAAGAAGGUUCCAGGUAUGUUCACAAUGCCAUUGCCACUAUAGUGACUGGAAUACUGUCUGGAAAUCAUGAGGUCCCUGGGGUUUCCAUUCCCUUAAACACUAUUGAACCUGAUAGUGUUGCUGAUCAAGAAAAUACUGAGUCUUUAGGAAAGAAUAUCUCUGAUGACGUUGAGUGGAAAUAUGUUUAUCAGGAGAGCCUGGCUUUGGAAAGGGAAUUAGCUCAGAAUAUCCUAGACUGUAAGGAUAUUAUGAAUCUUAUUCAAGAGGCUGGUUUAAUGAAGUCUGUGACUCAGUUUUCAAAGUUCUAUGAGAUGUUGGUAAAGGAAUUUAUUGUUAAUCUGUCUGAAGAAUGUGCUGAUGGCAAGUCUAAGGAAUUCAAGAAAGUGAAUGUGAGAGGCAAGUGUGUGAAUUUCUCUCCUUCAGUGAUCAACAAGUAUUUGGGAAGGCCUGAUGAAGCUCAACCUGAGCUUGAGAUUGGAGCUGUUAACUGGGUGCCCACCAAUCAUAAAUCUACAGUUGCUGUAAUGCUUGGAAAGUUUAUAUAUGUUGUUGGAACCAAAGCCAAAUUUAACUAUGGCUCCUAUAUUUUUGAUCAAACUUUGAAGCAUGAAGGAAGCUUCAGUGUGAAGGGUCCUAUAGCCUUUCCUUCUCUCAUUUGUGGUAUUGUUUUGAAUCAGUUUCCAAACAUCUUAACUGAGAAUGAUUCUGUGAAGAAAAGAGACAACCUUAUGUCUUUCAAUCAUAAGUUGUUCCUAGGUACCCAUGUCCCUGAUAUUGUCAUGACAUCAGGUGAGACAUCACGUGUAAGCAAUCAGCCAGGUAAAGUUGUUGUCAAUGCAAUGCUCAAAGAAACCUGUAGGGAAUUAGAGGCAAGGAAGCUGAACUUGGAAAAAUUGAUUAGCUCUUUGGAGAUGACUGAAGGUGAUGUGCUAGCUGAUGGUGGAGAAUUUGGUGAAGCUGCUGCUGUUGCAGAAGAAGCUGAAAGACAAGGUGAAGAGGGAGAAGUAGAUGCCAGUCCUGAUGAUGGCACAAAUGAUGAUGCUGACUCUGAGUCAGAUGACUAG